ACACCCAUCAUCCCCACCCACCCAUUUCUCCCCUCUGCGACAUUCUCCAAUCCCCAAUACACGUCAUGCACGCGUCUAAGGCCAAAUCCACCAGCGUACAACUUCCGGACUUGCCCAAGAUAUGCUCCGCGUUCGAUCUUGACGUCAGCAAGCACUGCAGAUCCACCACGCUCGCUUCCCAGAAAUGGCUCGUCGAUGCUGGUCUGCCACCUCACUGGAGGACCACCAACGGGUGCACCUGGAAAGCACUGAAGGUCGGCCUCUGGUCAUCUGUCUGUUUUCCGCGAGCAGACCCCAUGCAAUUACGACUUGCGAUGGAUUUCAUGAGUCUACUCGUCUGGAGCACUGAGGUGGGACAGGAGGGCGAUGUUUUUGCACUCCUCUCUGACCGCAUGUCCCGCGUCGCAUACCGCUCUCCAGCAUGGUACCUCCGCUUCAUCACAUCCCUCCGCGCAUAUCGCGAGGCCCGCGCACAGGUUACGGAAGACGCGCAGAAUGGCUCGGUGCCCGACAUGGAGUCCUACAUCCAGCUGCGGCGCGACGCCUCAGGGCUACGCCUUGUCCUCGCCUUCAUAGAAUGCACGAUGGAUCUCCGCCUUUCCGAAAAUGUCGCGUCUCACCCCGUAAUUCAAGCGCUCGCGGAGCACGCAAUCGAUAUCAUUGCUUGGUCCGAGGACCUCGCGAUGCUUUCCCGCAAUCAGGCCUCUGGUCAUACGUUCCACCUCCCCGCAGUUAUCAUGGCCGAACAAGGCCUUACUCUCCCAGGUGCUGUCACACAAUGUGGCACGCUGAUACGCCAGGCCGUGGAGGCUUUCCUCGCGACCGAACAAGACCUCCCGUCGUUCGAGGACCCCCAGGUAGACAAAGAAGUGCGCUCAUACGUUCGCGGACUGCGCGAGUGCAUCGCAGGCUCGAUCAACUGGAUGUACGAGAGCCAGCGCUACUUCGGCGACAGGCCGGAGGACGUGCGGAAUCUGCGAUGGGUAUUCGUGGGUCUAGGAUCCCAAUGAUUUAUGCUACCUCUAUGCUCCCUUAAUUCGCUCACGACACGACUUUCACGAUUGUUUUAUUCUAUAACUUAUCCUGACACUGACGUUCGCUCCCACACUUUACUAGCCAUCAAUGCUCAAAACACCCGGACUACACCUUGUUUUCGCUUUCGCCGUCCACCUCUUAGCAGUUGUACAUAAUUUAAUACCGACUCUAGGUCGUGAUAACGAACCUC